GCAGCGGUGGGGGCGGAGCCGGCAGCGCCUCGGAGGAGGCGGCGGCGGGGGGCAUGGACUCGAGCGGCAGGAACUCCACCGGCAUCCCGAACAGCACCCUGAGUGAGUCUCAGGGCAGCGCCAUCCUCAUCUCAUUCAUCUACUCCGUGGUAUGCCUGGUGGGGCUGUGCGGCAACUCCAUGGUCAUCUAUGUGAUCCUACGCUAUGCCAAGAUGAAGACGGCCACCAACAUCUACAUCCUGAACUUGGCCAUCGCAGACGAGCUGCUGAUGCUCAGCGUCCCCUUUCUGGUCACCUCCACCCUACUGCACCAUUGGCCCUUUGGCUCACUGCUCUGCCGCCUGGUGCUCAGCGUGGAUGCCAUCAACAUGUUCACCAGCAUCUACUGCCUGACUGUGCUCAGCGUGGACCGCUACAUUGCUGUGGUGCACCCCAUCAAGGCGGCUAGGUACCGCCGGCCCACUGUGGCAAAGAUGGUCAAUCUGGGUGUCUGGGUGCUAUCCAUCCUCAUCAUCCUGCCCAUCAUCAUCUUCUCCAACACAGCAGCCAACAGUGAUGGAACGGUGGCUUGCAACAUGCUCAUGCCAGAGCCCACCCAGAGAUGGCUGGUGGUCUUUGUGGUCUACACCUUUCUGAUGGGCUUCUUGCUGCCUGUGGCGGCCAUCUGCCUCUGCUACAUCCUCAUCAUUGCCAAGAUGCGCAUGGUGGCCCUGAAGGCUGGCUGGCAGCAACGCAAACGCUCGGAGCGCAAGAUCACCCUCAUGGUCAUGAUGGUGGUGAUGGUCUUUGUCAUCUGCUGGAUGCCCUUCUACAUUGUGCAGCUGGUCAAUGUCUUCGUGGAGCAGGAUGACGCCACCAUCAGCCAGCUCUCCGUCAUCUUGGGCUACGCCAACAGCUGUGCCAACCCCAUCCUCUAUGGUUUUCUCUCGGACAACUUCAAGCGGUCCUUCCAGCGGCUGCUCUGCCUCAGUUGGAUGGACAAUGCUGCAGAGGAACCCAUCGACUACUAUGCCACUGCUCUCAAGAGCAGGGCAUACAGCGUGGAGGACUUUCCCCCAGACAACUUGGAGUCAGGGAGCAUGUACAGGAACGGCACUUGCACCUCCAGGAUUACCACCCUCUGAGGAAGCAUUCACCCCGCUCCCCUACUGCCCCCCAGCAGGAGGGUGAGCGAGGCCAGGGCUGUGGGAUG